AGAAGAGGAAACUUCACAGGAAUCCUCCCGGAGGAGCUGACUAUGGAGGCUGACUCCCAGGUGUGCCAGAACUGCAGCACAAGCAAGGCAGGAGGGCAUCGCCGGUGUCACUGCUGCAGGCCUGGGAAGAGCGUGCCCUAGGUAUGCAGCAAGGCCUCCUGCUUUCUGCUAAGACAAUGAGCCUUUCUUUCUCCCCCACUUUAUCCUGAAGCAAAAGAAAUGUGGCCUCUGCCCACUGCACCCUCCACGGGGCCCACUGCCUGAGCUUCCUGGUCGUUUGCCCAGAAUGUGAGGAACCCGUCCCACGGUCAAAGAUGAAGGAGCAUGUGGACACUGUGCACCAACAGGCCAAGAAAAUCCAGCAGCACCCUGGCCAGUGCAAGUUCUGUGACCUGGCAGUGCACUUCAACAAGCUGGAUGUCCACGAGUUCCAUUGCGGCAGCCGGACGGAGCGCUGUCCACACUGCAACCAGCCCAUCGUUCUCCGAGUGCUGGCCCAGCACAAAGCUGUGUGUCUGCGUGCAAAGGCCAAGCCUGAGGAAGGGAAGGGAAAUGUAUCUCCUGGAAGAACCCAGUGUGAUUCCUGCAAACAGAUGAUUCCAGAAAAUAAGUAUGUCUCCCAUAUGAAACAAUGCCCCGCCUCAAAGACUGUGACAUAUCUUCAGGAUGGAAAGCCAAAAAUCCUUCCUCCGUCCCUUACGAGUCAGGUGACUGGAAAUCAAACAUCCUCAGCGAAGAAAGAUGUUCGCCCAAAGACAAAAACUAGAAACAGUGCAAGAAAGCAAAAAACAAAGGACCAAAAUGGCACCGUGGAUCUGCCUUUGAAGUCUGCAGUGCAGCAGAGGGCUGCUCUUCCUACGGGCGAUGAAGCAGCAGCCUAUGACAUCCUACGGAGGUGCCGUCAGUGUGGCAUCUUACUGCCCUUGCCCAUCCUAAAUCUGCACCAGGAGAAGUGCCUGAGGUUAGCUCAUCAAAAGAAAAACAAUUGAGGAGGAGCAGCUAGCUCUGGAAGAAAGAGACCCUAUGACUCAGAAGAUUUCCAGUUUCCCCUGGCUUCCCUGCUUCCUUGCGUGAUGGUCGCAACUUUGUUUUCUUUACCAAUCUCUGUAAUUGAUUUUUUUUCCUUUAAUUCUUGACAGUUUCAUAUGUUUACAAAGGUCUUGUAAGCAUACUUAUCCCAUUGCCUUUCCUCAUCCCCACCCCACUCCUGUGAACCCUCUUCUUCCCAGCAGCUCCCUUCCUACUGUGUGCGUGCGUGUUUGCAUGCGUGCAUGCACAUGCUAGCACACACAUGCAUAUGCAGGUCUUACGCAGGUCACCACAGCUGACGUGUGCCCAUGUUUGCAACAGCCAUGGAAAUGCUAGAUGCAGAAGAACACAUUUUAUAGCGUUCUACCCAGUCCCUAAUCCCCAGGCUCUCAUAAGCUUUCUGCCCCAUCUUCCACAAUGUCCCCUGGGCCUUGGAGGGGUGACGGUGUCUCAUUCUAGUUCAGGGCAGGGUAUGCAAUGUCACUCUCAGCACUUUGGGUGGCCUUUAUUUAGGAAAAGAGACAGGCUUUAGUGAUUGGGCUUCAGAAAAUUUCUGGGGCAUGAUCACUCAUAUUUGGCUCCAAAAUAAACUAUUUCUUCAUCUCC